AUGGCUCAGCAAGACACACUGCACGUUGCCUAUUUGGGACCAGAGGCAUCCUUCUCCCACCAAGCCGCUCUCGAGCUGUUCCCUACUGGAGGUACAUGUACAGAUACAUAUGCAGAUACAUAUACAGAUUCCAGCGAUGGCGCAGGGACAUACAAUCCACGAGUGACGCUCGACCCACUACCAUCCUUCUCAUCCAUAUUCUCGGCGAUCCAGCAAGCUUCCUCCUCCGGUACCUCCGCCAUUGUCGCUCUGUCUUCAUCUGCAUCAUGUCCUCCAGCUCAACCCAUCCCCUUCCCCACGUAUGACUACGCCGUGAUCCCGAUAGAAAACAGCACCAACGGCUCCGUGGUGCAAGUUUUCGACCUACUCGCGCAGUGCGGCCUCCACGACAACGACAACGCCGCCCUCUAUCCAGACCUACAGGUCUGCGCCGAGUACUACCUGCCUGUGCACCACUGUCUAUUCAUACACCCUUCUCAGUCCACCCAUGCACCCUCAUCAUCUCCUUCUGCAGUGACUGGGAGCCACACCGAGUCGCAGAGCCCACCACUACCAGACCUGCCAUUCCCGCCCAUAUCCACCCUCUACACACACCCGCAAGUCUGGGGUCAAUGCGGACGCUUCCUCUCGAAGCACUUCCCAGCGGGCGUCGUCGAGCGCAUCGACCUGGGGAGUACAUCAGCGGCAGCAGCUCUCGUCGCGCGUGAAGGUGGAAUUGCGCCACCAGCAGCAACACCAACGACGACGGAAAUAACCACCUCAUCGAGCACUGUCCCUACGCCCCCGCCUAUAUCUCCGACCAUGGCGGCCAUCAGCUCACGGCUUGCAGGCCGGAAACACAAGCUGGUCUGCCUAGCGGAGAACAUCGAGGAUUCUCCGGGCGAGAACACCACACGAUUUCUCGUCCUGCGCAAUAGUCGCCGCGGGCCACGGUAUCCCGCGUAUCACCGCGCGCUGGUCUCGCGUUUGCUCUGGAGUCCUGCCCCCGCUCCUCCGUCUUCUGCGGACGCCGUAGCUAUGACUACGGUCAGAGAGCCAGUACUCGCCGACCAAAGGGCCCAGGCACAGGCACACAUCAGGCAUAAGUCACUCAUCACAUUCACGAUCCCGCACACCAAGCCCGGCGCGCUGGCCGACGCGCUGGCAGUUUUCAAGACGCACGGCUUCAAUCUCACCAGCAUUGACACACGGCCCAGCCGACGCCGUAAUUGGCACUAUGUGUUUUUCGUCGAGUGCGAGGAGGCUUUGUCGGGCACCGCCCCCGACGGUUUCGGUAUCGAUACUGGUGGUGUGGGGGGAUUGCAUGAUGGCGGUGACGACGACGACGCUUUAGGCCAGAAUUUGAGCAGUGUUUUGGAUGGGCUGGCCAAGUAUACGGAGAGUCUACGGUAUUUGGGACGGUUUGUUGAUCAAUUGCAGAGCGAAGAAUGGUAA